GAUUCAGUGGUGUCAAAGCCAGCAAGUGGCCCACAUUGAAUUGUCUGUGCCAUGCCCUCGUUUUUUAAAUUAUCGAAAUUACGAACAAAGCGCCGUCGCUCUUCUGCUUCUUCCAUAUCUGCUGCGCGGCCCAAAUCCAAACAGAUGAACUAUGAUGGACUGCUCUCACAGUUGACCGACGACAAGCUGGUGCUAUUCGAGGCCAGUGGUCAGGCGGUGGUCACUUUGGUCGAUGAUGACGUACAGGAUGGCGCCAUUGAGGAGGAACAGGCAGCACCAAUACAAACGAUAUCACAUACUGCGAUAGCUGCUGCCUCUGCUUCCGCCUCUGCCCCGGCCUCUGCUGCGUCAGCAACAGUGACAAGUGCAAACCUAAACCCCAAAUUCGAGAAUGCUUCGACAGCGACACCACAGCGCAAAAUAUCGACGUCAUCACGUUUUAUGAAUGCCUUUAGUCAGCUCUAUGGUGGUAACAGUAAUUGCGGUCACGUGGAUCAGCAUAACGAUGAUCCAGAGCUGGCAGCGAAUCGCACUCCCUCCAAGGGAGUGGAAUCCAAGCUGGUGGCCAUGUGGCACAAUGUCAAAUAUGGCUGGAGCGGUAAAAUGCGUCAGACAAGCUUCUCGAAGGAGCAACCCGUUUGGCUGCUAGGCCGAUGCUAUCAUCGACGCUUUACACCACCCGUCAGCAUGGAAAACUCGACCACGGAGCUGACCAGUGGUGCGGAUACUACGCCGGACAAUGCCACAUCAGCGUAUGAUAGCAUACCAGCGACGGCAACAUCCUCAUCUAUAUAUCCCACAUUGAAUCCACAGCAGAUCGAUGAAAUUGUAGUACCUCAAGAGCUGGGCAUGGAUGCGGCCGAGAAUCAACUGACUGAGAGUCCCUGGGAAGAGGGAAUUGAGGGUUUCCGACGUGACUUCUACAGCCGCAUUUGGAUGACCUACCGUCGCGAGUUCCCGAUUAUGAAUGGAUCCAACUAUACUUCGGAUUGUGGCUGGGGCUGCAUGUUGCGCAGUGGCCAAAUGUUACUGGCGCAGGGUCUAAUCUGCCAUUUCCUGGGACGCAGCUGGCGCUAUGAUUCGGACUCGCAGUUGCACUCGACCUAUGAGGACAAUAUGCAUAAGAAAAUUAUUAAGUGGUUUGGUGACAGCUCCUCGAAAAGCAGUCCCUUUUCCAUACACGCACUGGUGCGUCUGGGUGAGCAGCUGGGCAAGAAACCAGGUGACUGGUAUGGCCCUGCUUCGGUAUCUUAUCUCUUAAAACACGCAUUGGAGCAUGCAGCUCAUGAAAAUGCCGACUUUGACAAUAUUAGCGUAUACGUGGCUAAGGAUUGCACCAUUUACAUGCAAGACGUUGAGGAGCAGUGCAGCAUCCCAGAACCGGCGCCCAAACCGAACGUGCCUUGGCAGCAAUCAAAGAGGUGCAACAGCGGUGGUGGGACCAAACCGGAGCAGUCAAAUCAACAGCAUCAGCAGCACUGGAAAUCCUUGAUUGUACUGAUACCAUUACGUCUGGGCACUGAUAAAUUGAAUCCUGUCUAUGCGCACUGUUUAAAGCUGCUGCUCAGCACGGAACACUGUCUGGGCAUUAUUGGAGGCAAGCCAAAGCAUUCGCUGUACUUUGUUGGAUUCCAGGAAGACAAACUGAUACAUCUGGAUCCGCAUUACUGCCAGGAGAUGGUGGAUGUCAAUCAAGAGACCUUCUCGAUGCACUCCUUCCACUGCAAGUCGCCGCGUAAGAUGAAGUCGAGUAAAAUGGAUCCAAGUUGCUGCAUUGGUUUCUAUUGUGCGACCAAAACAGAUUUUGACAGUUUUGUUGAAAGCGUACAAUUGUACUUGCAUCCGAUGCGCUGUGCCUCUGGAGCUGCCAUGGACAAAUCUUCUGUGCCACAAACGCAACAACAACAACAGCAACCACAAGCUGAUUGUAUGGAAAUGAAUUAUCCGCUAUUUACAUUUUCUCGAGGUCGUUGCCUGGAUCAUGCCCGCGAUGAGAUGAGCGACUCGCUCUAUAAGCCACUAAUUAGGCAAGUGGCGGCAUUAACUCAGGAGCUGGAUGGAUCAUCUAUGCCGCAGCCUAACAGCUAUGACCAUGAGCAGGAUGACAGCGAAAGCGAGGAGUUUGUCCUGCUCUAAGACAGCAGUUAACCACAUAGAAAUAAGCCAUGAUUGCCGCCCCCCUCUUCCUUCCCCUCGUUACUGUGCAAACUGUGUUAUAUUAUUUUUGUUCAUUAAUGUUAGAUAAAUUGAAUCGCCGUUGGUUGCUCGCUAACUCGCCCAAAACUAAACAGACGUGCAUCUCAACAUCAAAGACUUGGUUAUUAUACAUUUACAUACAUACAUACAUAUAUUUUGCAUAUUUAAUAUUUGCUUAUAAUUAACAUUGUGAUUAAUUUACAAAAAACUCAACCUUUUGUUCAAAUUGUAUUCAUCUUAUUUUGCCUUUUGCCAACAAAAUAUGUUCUCCAUGUGGAUCGUCUGAAUAUAUCUGUAUAUUCCUAUAUUUAUAUAUAAGUAGUUUAUGUAAUUGUCGGUAUUAUUAUUUUGUAAUGCGAAUACUGUAAUGGAAUUGAUUCGAUUUGUCAUUAAUAAUAGUUGCAAGAACUGUUUCGCUGCUCUCGAAAGUAUUUUUUGUAGGUCUUAUGUCUUAGAUUUAAAUUAAUUUAUGUUUGUCAUGUAGUUGUUCGAUCAUUAUUUAGUUCUAAUCUUAAUUGUACAUACCCUUGAGUAAAUAAAUAAAUAUAAAAUA